AUGUCGAUUGUAGCUGUCUGUUUAAGUCCGACUCACAGUAUGUCUAAACCAGUUGUAGACGAAAUUAAGUUGGUAACUGGUUUGGGAAUUGAAGGAGAUGCCCAUUUCGGUGAUAAAGUACAACAUCUAAGUAGAGUCAAAGCAAAUCCAGAUCAACCAAAUCUCAGACAGAUUCACUUGAUUCACACAGAACUACAUCAGGAGUUGAAAGCAAAGGGAUUCACAAAAGGUGUGGAACCCGGAGAGAUGGGUGAGAACAUCACCACCAGAGACAUCGAUAUCCUCUCGUUGCCAAAAGGAACCAAGUUGGAGUUGGGUGAUCGUGGUGCACUCAUUGAAAUCACUGGAUUGAGAAACCCAUGUCAACAGCUGAACGGACUUGAGAAUACUUUGAUGUCGGCUUGCAGGGACACCGACGCCGACGGUAGGGUUACUCAGCGUAAAGCAGGUAUAAUGGGAAUCGUCCUAAACGGCGGAAUUGUUAAAGCCAAUGAUAAAAUCAAUAUAAUAUUACCAGAGGAACCACAUAUUCCAUUACAAGUUGUCUAA